UCUUCGCCUCACAGCAACCAACAGCAGCAGCAACCGCAGCGCAAGCCCCAAACCACAAACCAAUCAAAAUGGCAUUCAAGUUCAUCGCCCUCUUCGCUCUGAUCGCCGCUGCCAACGCCGGCCUUCUGCCCGCCGCCCAGGUCUACCACGCCGCCCCCGCCGUGGCCACCUAUGCCGCACCCGCCGUCGUCAAGACGAUUGCCCAGCCCGUGCUGGCCAAGGCCGCCGAGGAAUACGACCCCCAUCCCCAGUACAAGUACGCCUACGAUGUCCAAGACUCGCUCUCCGGCGACUCCAAGAGCCAGGUGGAGGAGCGCGACGGAGAUGUCGUCCGCGGAGAGUACUCCCUGAUCGAUUCCGAUGGAUACAAGCGCACCGUCCAGUACACCGCCGACCCCAUCAAUGGAUUCAACGCCGUCGUCAACCGCGUGCCCCUCGAGCAUGUCAAGACUGUUGUAAAGACCGUCGCCGCUCCCGCUGUUGCCCACUAUGCUGCCCCCGCUGUUGCCCACUAUGCUGCCCCCGCUGUGGUCAAGACCGUGGCUCCCGCCUACCACACCUAUGCCGCCCCAGCUGUCGUCAAGACUGUGGCUCCCGCUUACCACACCUAUGCUGCCCCAGCUGUCGUCAAGACGGUUGCUCCCGUGGCCCACUAUGCCGCUCCCACCCACUACGCAGCUCCCGCUGCCACCUACACCUCCUACGCCGCCCCCGCUGUCGCCUACCACCACUAAAUUCCAUCCCAGCCAUACCCCAUAUCCAUACCCAUAAAGAUACCCCUUCUUGUUAUAGUUAUACGAAUGCCCCCUAAAAAUAC